UUAUGAAUCCUGUGAGGAGCAGCAGCAGGAGGGAGUUCUGGAAGCAGCAAUGGAAAACAGCUGUCGACUCUAAGCAGGGCGCCUUGCGGGGACUUGGGAAUUUUGGGGCAAGUCAUUCAGUGAGCCAUCCCUCCUUCUUUUCAGGAGAGAGAGGAAAAAAAAAUCCGGCCACGUUGAUUCUCGGCGAGAGAGCGAUAGCCGAGAUUGUAAUUACAUUUCUGAGGAAACAAUAAAAACCCUGAGGGAUUUCAAGCCCUGAGGAAGUCAUGUUCUAUAGUUUCCGGAGGGGGAAACGGCUGUUUGAGUUAAGGGCACCCGGCCAGAAAUCUGGAAACAUUUGACUGGCAGGACUUGGGAGAACAAAAGAGGCGAGGGAUGUCUUUAUUUUUGAGGGGAAACUGCGAGCAAAUGCAAGGGGAGAGAAAAAUUAAUAGCCAACAUGAGUGUACUUCCACCUGUCAGAAGAGAUCGAAUCAUACCGGAACUCCCUUUGUGUUUCACAAAAGAAGCCGCUCUCCAUACCAAGAUCACGUUUAAUCCCAGAGUGAAACGUGCCUGCCAGGAUGACCGGACAGGAACAGUUGGGUUGAAGAUUUCCAAGAUUAUUGUAGUUGGAGACUUGUCAGUUGGAAAAACAUGUUUAAUCAAUCGAUUCUGCAAGGACACAUUUGACAAGAAUUACAAAGCUACUAUCGGCGUGGAUUUUGAGAUGGAGCGGUUUGAAGUAUUGGGAGUUCCCUUUAGUUUGCAACUAUGGGACACAGCAGGACAAGAAAGAUUCAAGUGUAUCGCAUCCACGUACUACAGAGGUGCACAAGCGAUAAUAAUUGUAUUUGAUGUCAAUGACGUAGCAUCAUUGGAUCACGUAAAACAAUGGUUGAGAGAUGCCCUUAAGGAAAAUGACCCCACCUCUGUCCUGUUGUUUUUAGUUGGGACAAAGAAAGACCUUAGCUCAGCUGCCCAGUAUAAUUUGAUAGAGAAAGAUGCCAUCAAAAUUGCCAAGGAAAUAAAAGCUGAAUAUUGGGCAGUGUCCUCUCUGACAGGAGAGAAUGUAAAAGAGUUCUUCUUCAGGGUUGCAUCGUUGACCUUCGAAGCUAAUGUACUGGCUGAGCUAGAAAAGACCGGCCCCAGGAAGAUUGGGGAUGUUGUUCGCAUCAACAACAACGACACAAACCUGUUUAAAAAUGCAAAGAAAUCCAAGCCUAAUUGCUGUCAAUGACAGGGAGCCGCACUGCCAUUCUAACAGGUUACAUGUUGCACUGCGUUCAUUUUUAACCAAAGUUUUCUCACAUCAACAAAAUGUCACUAGCAACUUACGAUUGCCUUUAUAAUGCAUAUCAAUGUUAGGAGAUUAAAGAGAAAUGUCAUUCAGGUGAUAUGCCCAGCAAGGAACCCUGUCCCUUUGCAAAUACUGCUGUCAAGCCUUUCCCAUGUAUUUCAUCCUGCAACAUGUCAUAGUCAUCAAUGGAAAAAGGUAACAUUCCCAUGAACUGAAGCUCACUUUAAUGUCAAUUGGGUUGAACCUCUGUUGUAACCAGGAAGAAAAACGUUGUUGAAGAUUUUGUGCCUCACACUGCUGACUUUGGACAAAAAUAAAGAGCAAACAUCUGAGAUGGAAACUAGAACAAGGUACCCACCAAAAUUCCUCUUGGGGGUUUUCCUGGUUUUAUAUAUGGUGCAUAACAAGAUGUGGAAAACUGGGCAUUGAGUCUCACAUAUUCUUAAAUUAGUUCAUUCAAUUGAUAAUCAUUUACAAUAUUAUAAAGAAAAGUGGAUGUUCUCUCUUAAAGGCUGAUUUUUCUGCAUUUGUUUCAACUAAGUGAUCCCUAGCCCCAGGUGCAGGACCAGGAAAGUACCGUAUUUGACAGUACAAGAAGACUCUGCAAGAUUGCACAAAGCAACACCAUCAAUGAUACUGUAUUCCCAAUUCUAUAGCUGAACCAAAGUUUUGUCAUGUUUGUAUGUACUCAGUGCUGAUGUGAGGAACUGCAGAGUUGGAGUGUUUAUGUGUUAAGGAGACAUUGUUGCCAUGUUAGGACAAUGUGGAGCUGGAGGAACACAGCAGGUCAGGCAGCAUCAG